GUGGGGGGGAAAAGAGGCAGCGAUCUCCGUGGCGGGGACUGAGCAUGGAAGAUCCGCCGGAGGGGCACGGCCACCGAGACGCGGCGCCCGGCCCGGCGAGCAGCGGCAGCGGCAGCGAUGGCGAGAGCGUGCCCGUGUCCCCCAGCCCCGCGCCCGCCUCCCCCGCCGCGCCCUGCCCCCUGCCCCUGCCCCGCCGCCGCCACCCGCCGCCCCCGCCGCCGCCCCCGCCCCACCGCACCACCAACUUUUUCAUCGACAACAUCCUGAGGCCGGACUUCGGCUGCAAGAAGGAGCCGCCCGCGCCGGCCGGCGGCGGAGGAGGAGGAGGUAGCCGGGAGCGGGACGGAGACCGGGGGCAGAGCUCAGGUAGAGAAAACGUCAACCCGCUGCUGGCCCGGCCGCCCAACCCGCCCGCCCUCCUCUGCCCGGACUCGAACUGCCGUCCCGACGGCUCCGCGCCGCCGCCGCCGCCCGUCGCCGCCGCCAAAGCCAGUCCCGCUGCGGCGGCAGCGGCGGCGGCGUCGGGGGCGGCCAAGCCCCCCGCCGACGGGGGCGAGACUCACCCGGCGAAGUACGGGGAGCACGGCAGCCCCGCCAUCCUCCUCAUGGGCUCUAAUAAUGGAGGACCUGUUAUAAAGCCCGACUCGCAACAGCCGCUGGUGUGGCCUGCCUGGGUCUACUGCACUAGGUAUUCAGACAGACCGUCCUCGGGCCCCCGCACGAGGAAGCUGAAGAAGAAGAAGACGGAGAAGGAGGACAAGCGGCCGCGGACGGCGUUCACGGCCGAGCAGCUGCAGCGGCUGAAGGCGGAGUUCCAGGCGAACCGGUACAUCACGGAGCAGCGGCGGCAGAGCCUGGCCCAGGAGCUCAGCCUUAACGAGUCCCAGAUCAAGAUCUGGUUCCAGAACAAACGGGCCAAAAUCAAGAAGGCGACCGGCAUCAAGAACGGGCUGGCGCUGCACCUCAUGGCCCAGGGACUCUACAACCACUCCACCACCACGGUGCAGGACAAAGAGGAGAGCGAGUGA